AUGGCAGACCAACACAGACCUCAUCGCGAAAGUGCGCGCAGACGAGAAUCUCGAUCCAGAUCACCUCGCAGACACCACGACUCUUCCCAUCGCAGACGAUCUCCCCACCAGCACCACAAGCACAAACGUUCCACAGACGAUGCGCCAAACCUACCCUUCGGCUCCCGACAGCUGACGAAACGGGACUACGAAGCCUUCAAGCCUAUGUUCGCGCUCUACCUCGAUAUACAGAAGGGCAAGAUCCUCGAGGAGAUGGACGAAGGGGAGGCGCGGGGUCGGUGGAAGAGCUUUCUUGGCAAAUGGAUGGGGCCGAGUAUACCUAAUCUUCAAGAUUUGGAGCUGAAGAGAGAAAUGGACGCUGAAGAUGGUCUGGCACGCCGAGAUGACAUUCGCUUUGCACGCAAGAUUGAUCGGAAAGAACAAAAGGCUGCCCUUGAUGAACUUGUCCCUCGUGCCGAAGCAGGUACCAGAGAACGUCAGCUCGAGAAGAAGAAAGAGAUGAAUGAGAAAAUGAAGUCUUUCCGAGAGAAGUCUCCCGGUGCUGCUGAGAUACCCGAUACAGAGUUGAUGGGCGGGGGAGACGGUAUUGAUGGGUAUAAGAAGCAGAAGCAAGAGUUUGAGAGAAAGAAGAAUGAGAGAGAGUUGAGGAAAGAGGAGAUUCUGCGAGCAAGGCAGGCAGAAAGGGAUGAGAGACUGCAGGAGUAUAGAACGAAGGAAGAAGGCACUAUGGCUAUGUUGAAGGCUUUAGCAAAACAGAAAUUUGGAUGA